CCCGAGGUCUGCACCAUGUCGCUGUCGCUGACCAAAGUCCAAGUCGUCGACGCUGGCCGGCGAUGGAGGGGCCGCGCGGAGUUCCUCGUCGUCGCGAAGAUAGGCUCGUGCCGCGUCGGGCGAUGGCGGAGCUUCUCGGAUUUCAAGCGCCUCGCGCAGAAGCUCUGGGACGUCGACGACCGGUUGAGUCGCAUCGCCGGCGGCGUCUCGUUGUUCGUGAACGCCCAGCGGUCGUGGGCCUGCGUGCGGCGGCGGCAGCACUGCUUCCGGAACCUCGACGUCGACUACCUCACGAUCAAGGCGUUUCUGCUGGAGCGCUUCCUCCACGACGCGCUCUACGAGGCGCCGACGGCCGAGGUCUUCAACGAGUUCCUUGACAUCAGGCCGGCGCCCGCGGCGCAGGUCUCGUUCGCGUCUUCGUCGCCGUCGCUGCCGCGGUCCGCCGUUUCCGGUUCUCUCUCUCGGUAAAUCCUGUCUUGAGAGCUCCUGUGUUGACGUGGG